AUGGACCUGUGCUUGCGGGAGUACGGCAGGUCAUGCCCGCCGCUCGGCGCCGGGCCGCGGGCAGCGCCCGCCUGGCAGCGGGAGAUCCUGGAGCGCAAGCGGGCCAAGCUGGCCGGGGCGGGCGGCGAGCCCGAGCCCCCGGCCGGGGAGCGGCUGGUGGUGGCGGAGAGCCUGGGCCCGCUCCGCGAGAAUCCCUUCAUGCGGCUGGAGAGCGAGCGGCGCCGGCUGCGGCAGGGGCGGCCCGGGCCCGGCGGCGCGGCGCGGCCGCUGCAGCAGCUGCUGGAGCUGUACAGCGCCGUGCCCGGCAUCCGCACCAUCCGCGCCGACAACAUCCUCAUCAUCGAGUCCCGCGCCGACCCCGCCGCCUGCUUCGCCGCGGGGGAUGCGCCGCCCGCCCGCCGCCGGGACCCGGCCGGCGCCGACCCGCUGCGGGAGCUGCUGGCCCGGCGCGGCGCCGCGCUCGCCGAGAUCCGCGCCGACCAGGUCGUCAUCUACGAGACGGCCGAGCCGCCGGAGCCGCUCGAGGCGGCCGAGCCGGGCACCGUCAGCCGCCUCCUGGAGAAGUUCGGGCAGCGGCCGCGGGGCCGCCGUCGCCGCGUUGGGGACGCGCUGACCGGAACCGGCGGGGCCACGGCUCCGCCGCAGGUGGGACCGGGCGCUGCCCGGGCCGCGCCGCCCGCUGCGCCUGUGGGACCCGGCUCCCCCUGCGCCCCCGCGCCCCUCCAGAAGGGACCCGGCUUCCCCCGGGCUCCGGCGCCAAAGGCGGGACCGGCAUCUCCGCCGGCGGUCCCGGCCACCCCUCCUCCGCUCCCAGCUCCCCCCCGGGCUGCCACCCCCCCAGCGGUGCCGGUGGCCCCCCAGCCCACAGUCCUGCCGCCGGCUUCCCCCCGGGCUGUCACCCCUCCGCCCACCGCCCCCCCACGGGUUGUCACUCCCCCACCCACGGUUUCUCCUCGGGCUGUCACCCCCCAACCCACGGCACCCCUGCGGGUUGUCACCCCCCAGCCCGCACCACCUCCCCGGGUUGUCACCCCACAGCCUGUGUCCCCUCAGCCCGCCCCGGCUUCCCCCCGGGCUUUCACCCCCGAGCCCGCAGCCCCCCAGCCGGCUCCAGCUCCCCCCCGGGCUGCAGCCCCCCAGGCGGUCCCAGCUGCCCCCAAGGCUGCGGCCCCUCAGGCCAACUGCUUUCUCCACAAGAUCAGCUCCAACUCCUUCACGGUCACACCCCGGGGGCAGUCCCCCAGCGCCCGCGUCCCCGAGCCCGGUGCUGUCCCCGCCGGCCGCCCCGCAACGCCCAAGGGGCCACCAGUGCCAUCCACCAGCCCUUCCCAUGCCAGAGCCAACGCCAGGAGGCCAAAGCCGGAGGAGGCCGAAGUGGCCGUGUCGCCCCUGCCCAGUGCCAGUCCGGCCCCCAGUGCCACCGGCGCCACUCGGCCGCUCUCCGCCUCAGCCCCCCGGGCCGGGGGCUCCUUCGAAAUCCACCCGGCCCCCAAACCCGACCUGGCGGCCAUCCCAGCCCACGACCUGCAGGCACAGGCUCUGGCCAAGCUGCGCCUGAAUUCGCGCAAUUCCUUCGUCUUCGUGCCCCGCCGGGAGGGCAGCCCGGCUCGGCCGCCGGCCCAGAUUGCCAGGCCAGGGCCACCGCCACCGCCCUCGGAGGAGAAGGCACCCCAGGAGCCCCCGAGGGCUUCCGCCCCCGAGCAGGAAGAGCCCAUCACUUCCCCACCGGCGCCUCUGGAUCCCUUGGUACCUGUGACUUACAUCGAUGACAUUGUGGAGCCGGACAGCGGGGCUGGCCCGGCUGCGAGGACGGGGAGCUUGGCGGAUCAGCCCGGAGGAGCUGGCCCCGACCUGGAGAUGGAGUUUUCCUCUGUGCCCCUCUACAGGCCACAUUCCGCCCCCCAGCAGAGGGGAGGCAGCACCUUCACUGUCGUGCCCAAAAGGAAGCCCGUGGCCCCGGGGCUGCAGGCUCUCGCCGAUGCCAGCGGAAAGCCACAGCGGGAGGAAGAGGAGGAGGAGGAGGAGAGCAAAGGAAGAGGCAAAGCCGUGGAGAACGCUGAUGGGCCUCAAGUAGUGAUAUCCCAUAAAAAGCGCUACCCCACGGUGAACGAGAUCGAAGUGAUCGGGGGGUACCUGUCCCUGGAGAGGUCCUGCAUGAGCAAGACGGGCUCGCGCCGCAAGAAGAUGAAGAUCUCUUUCAAUGAGACAAGUUUGCAGACGAUGUUUGAGUACCCCUCAGAGAGCUCCCUGGCAGAAGAGGAUGAAGAAGAGGAAGGACACGCUUCUGAAACGGAGGAAAAAUCUCGUACCUUUUAUAUUCCACGCCCAAACAGCACUUUGCAUCCCAGUACACCUAACUCAGCAGAUUUAUCCAGCUACACCCCAAAGCACUCCGUGAAGUUCAGCGAGUGGCAGGAGCAGAAGUAUGAGGGUCCUGCUGCAGAGGGAUCCCUCCCAAAGGAAGCCGAUUCCCAUGGGAACCAAGUCAUGCUCACCCCGGCGGAGAAGGGCGCUCUCUCGGAUUUCAGCAGCGAGCCCGCGCUCUAUUUCUGAGGCUGCUGGGCAGGAUGGCGCAGCGCAGCCCGCUCGGGAACCGCGCCCGCGCCGCGGCUCUCCCGGAUCCUGCUGCCAAGGGUGGACCAGGUGCUCUCGGGCAUCUUCGGAGAAUAUUUGCACUGGAUUUUGGGGCCGAAUUACUGCUUUCAAGGCGUAUGAUUUAUUCUGCCUGUGGCCUUGCAUAUUCCUUGCUCAAGAUCAGCUGCCGGUUUGGCAAGUGUGGGAAGGACAUCUGUAAGCCUGGGAUGGAUGUUGAUUUUUCUCAGUGCUUGUCUGAGUCCAGGCACUGUGCAGGGUCUGGACAGCUUUUGCAACCCUUCUCCCCAGUGGAGGAUGGCUCUGGAGUGGAGCACUGGGCAGUUAGGUGGGUGCACAGCGUGGCUGUGAUUUGACACAUUGGGUGUCAGUUUGGAAAACCAUUGAAGGUUCGUGGUUUGUCCUUGGCAUGUUUCCAGCUCUGGUAUCACUGAAACAUCGUGGAAUUCAUGUGCCAGUUACAUGCUUGUCGAGCUCACUGAACACCCCGAGGGAGGGAUGGGAAGAGCAAUGAAUGCCUUUAGCUUUAAAUGUUAUUUUUGCACCAAUUAGUAAUGUUCAAACUGCCUCCAGGCUCUUGAAGAUUCCCAAACAUUGGCCAUAGCUUUGGUUUGUCCUUCCCAACUCUGGCAUCCAGUCUCUGGGUGUUGCUGGUUGUGCUCCAGUUUGCCAGCUCCUCUUGUUGCUUUGUUCCAAAUCUGAUUGAUCUCUCUUGGUUGCUUCCUUCAAGCCACACUUGCUCUGCUCUUCUAGUCAAAACACAGGAGGGAAGUUUCACUCCAUUCUUCUGCAGAACUUGAACAAGGAAUGUGGGUUAUUUUUGUUUUUUCUAGGGUUUUUAUAGUUCUAUUAUAAUUGUUUAAUGCAGCCAAUAUGCAAAGAAAUCUACUAGAAUCUUCCAUUCAAGUUUUCUACUACUGUAAACUCAGGGUCAAAAUUGCACUCUGGAACAGAUGGAGCAGUGCUGCUAAUGUGAUCUGUACUUUGGGAUUAAAAGAGAUGUGGUGAGAACAGAUCCAGCCUCUUUGGGCUUUAUGGAAUGAGUGGGGCGUGAUCCAAAGGAACAGGCUGCUAUCUUUGAUUAAAUUUUAUGGUUACUGGUUUGUCUAUUACAGAUGAUGAGUGUCUGCUCAAGUGACACUGCUCUGUGAACUGAAAAUGCUCUGCAUACCUUGCACUUGGUUUGGUGUCUGUUGUAGCAGCAAGGAAAGGUUGUUCUACUGAAAAACACAGGAUUAAACGUUAGGACAUACCUA